UUCUGGUGUUAUUGAUUUUGUUGAAUCUUUUGAAGCCCCGCAGUGCAGCAAGAAAAAGAUAUCGUCAUCGCAUAAGAAAUCCGUCGUAACAAUGGCUGUUUACAAAGUUAUAAAAUGCCCUUCCGACGAUCUGUCUCUGACUAAUUGCGCUAUUAUGAAUGACAGUGAAUUUCCAGGAGCUAAGCAUAUUAAAGUAAUCACUGGAGGUGGGCAAGAGUUCAUAUUCUCCAUUAAAUCUGACCCUGGUGUUCCCAAAUAUCACGUAGGAUUCAGUUUACCCCAUAGAAAGUGGGCUGUUCUAUCCCUAAAUCAAGAAAUUGGCGUUAAACCUUAUUAUCCCGAUGAGUAUUUAUCCUCUAUUGUACUUGAAGCAGAUUACAUGCAGAAAAAAACGACUUCCCAGGAGCAAUAUGAUACAGACGAAAUGGCAAAAGAAUUCUUAUUGUCGUUUCCAAAUCAGAUGUUCACAGUGGGUCAACAGCUAGCCUUUGCGUUCAAAGACAAAAAAGUCUUACUGCUCAUUGUAAAGAGCUUGGAAGCUACAGAUUUAGCAGCUUUGAAAGACGGUAGACAAGCUAAACCGAAAAAAGCGAGAAUGGGACAACUGAUACCUAAUACAACCAUGCAAUUUGAAAAGGCUGAUAACUCUUCACUGAAUCUGGUAGGAAAAUCGAAGGGGAUACAAAUAAGACAGUCAAUUAUAAAUCCGGACUGGGAUUUCCAAGAAAUGGGAAUUGGAGGUUUGAGCAACGAGUUUAAUGCGAUAUUCAGGAGGGCUUUUGCUUCAAGAGUUUUUCCGCCUGAGAUUGUGGAACAGUUAGGUUGCAAACACGUUAAAGGUAUUCUACUUUAUGGACCACCCGGUACUGGUAAAACCCUCAUGGCCCGACAAAUCGGUAAAAUGCUGAACGCCAGAGAGCCGAAAAUAGUCAACGGCCCCCAAAUUUUGGACAAAUACGUCGGUGAAUCGGAAGCAAACGUCAGAAGACUGUUCCUCGAAGCCGAAGAGGAGGAAAAACGGGCUGGACCUAACAGCGGACUCCACAUUAUUAUUUUCGAUGAAAUCGACGCCAUAUGCAAACAAAGAGGUUCGGUAGCGGGGAAUACCGGAGUUCACGACACCGUAGUGAACCAGUUGCUGUCAAAAAUCGAUGGCGUUGAGCAGUUGAACAAUAUCCUAGUCAUUGGCAUGACAAACAGAAGAGACAUGAUAGAUGAAGCCUUGAUGAGACCCGGAAGAUUAGAAGUGCAAGUUGAAAUUAGUUUGCCCAAUGAAGAAGGUAGAGUGCAGAUUUUAAACAUUCACACGGCCAGGAUGAAGCACUAUAAGAAGAUUAGUGAAGAUGUAAAUAUAAAUGAGUUGGCAGCUUUGACUAAGAACUUCUCCGGAGCUGAACUAGAAGGUUUGGUGAGAGCUGCCCAAUCUACGGCGAUGAAUCGGUUGAUCAAGGCCGCUAAUAAGGUUGAAGUUGAUCCAGAAGCCAUAGAGAAACUUCUAGUUAACAGAGCCGACUUUCUACACGCUCUAGAACAUGAUAUCAAACCGGCUUUUGGAACAGCUGAAGACAUUUUGAACCAAUACGUAGCAAGAGGGAUUAUCAAUUGGGGUGCUCCUGUUACCCAUAUCUUGGAAGAUGGUAACUUGUUUGCCCAGCAAGCUAGGGCAACAGAUACCUCAGGUUUGGUGUCUGUACUAAUCGAGGGUCCACCGAAUUCAGGAAAAACAGCUUUGGCAGCUCAAAUUGCCAAAAAUUCCGACUUUCCGUUUGUCAAAGUUUGUUCGCCAGAAGAAAUGGUCGGUUUUACCGAGACUGCCAAGUGUCUCAGUAUUCGUAAGAUAUUCGACGACGCGUAUCGUUCGACUCUGAGCUGCAUCUUGGUGGACAACAUCGAAAGAUUACUGGACUACGGUCCCAUAGGUCCCAGAUAUUCUAACCUCACUUUGCAAGCGCUGCUGGUACUUUUAAAGAAGGAACCACCGCCGGGAAAGAAGCUUUUAGUCAUUUGUACGAGCAGCAGAAGGCAAGUGCUUGAAGAGAUGGAAAUGUUGUCAGCUUUUACUACAGUGUUGCACGUACCCAAUUUGUCUAAAGCUGAACAUUUACUCAACGUUUUGGAGGCGUCUGAGGUGUUCUCGAACGCAGAAUUGAAACAGAUCACUCAUCAAGUACAUGGAAAACGUAUUUUCAUUGGUAUCAAGAAAUUACUGGCCCUGAUCGACAUGAUAAGACAGACAGAUGAAAGAAUGAGAGUGAUAAAACUGAUCACUAAACUGGAAGAAGACGGGGCUCUAGAGGAUCCAGGAAUGGCCUAAAUUGGGAGAAAUGCCAAUUUUUAAGGGAUAUAUGGGGAAAAGGCGGUAAAAGUCAGCAAUACGUGUCGGUUUUUUAGUCAAUUACGAAGUUAACUACCGUUUAUUUACAUUUUUCGAUGUCGAUAAUUGUGAUUCAGACAAAUUGAGACAAGUAGAGGAUCAAUUUGUGGCUAGUUAUUUAGUUCGUUACGUACGGAAAUUUUUCGAAAAAAUCGAUAUAUAAAAUAUCGAUACCUAGCAACAUCCCUAGUUAGUAUCGAAUUAAAACUCUCACGCUAAUCGUGUAUUCAAUAGGUAAAGAUACUUAUAAAAAUAUAAGUUUUAGGAAUAAUUUAUAUUUUAAUAUCGCAGUUUUGAUAUUUUCCUCCAAGACUUCAAACUAGGGAUGUUGUGAAGUAUCGAUAUUUGAAACAUCGAUAUUAACUAUAUCGAAAUUUUUACGUUUUUAAUAGGGUAUUCAAACUAGGGAUGUUAACAAGUAUCGAUAUUUUUGAAACUGGCAGUAUGCAGUAACAAUGGCUAUUUUUUUUUCAAAGUAUUAAAAAUAAAUAAUAAAGGUGUGGAUAAUCGUAAUAGAGACAAAUUGUUAUCGUUACAUUAUACGGGGAUUUUUCGAAAAAUUCGAUAUAAAAUAUAUACUCCUCAAUACUUCUCAACAUCCCUAGUUAUUAUCGAAUUAAAUCUCAAUCACACUAACAGCUAAUCUCGUAUUAUUUCGAAUCCUCCUUAAUGGUUAAAGACCCAAUAUAAAAAAAUAUUAAUUUUAAGAAAAAUUCAUAUUUUUAUAUUGUAGUUUUAAUAUUAUUUGUUAAGCAUCAAACUAGGGAUGUUUGCAAACAUCGAUAUUUUAAAUAUCGAUAUUUUUUUAUCGAAAUUUUUGAAAAAUUGCCAUAUGGUAACGGAGGUUAUUUUUAUUACUUUCCAAAGUAUUAAAAAUUAAUUAAUAUAAAUAGGCGAAUGUAUAUUAAGUAUUAAUAAAUAAAUAACUAAACAAUCUAAGCACAUUCCGAAACAUAACCUUGUUGCCAGCUGAGAGAAAUUUAAACUUUUUAACUUCCAUAUUUUUGGAAAUAUAACUCAAUAUUAUAAUAAUAAUAAUAAUAAUUCUAUAUAUGUACAAUAAAAUAGGGUGUAGAAAAUAUAUGCUUUGUCGCAAUCAAGACGAUGUUGCCAUAUUUGUUACUCACCGUGUAUAAAAUAUAAGAGUUCGCUUUAACCGAUGUAGAAAAGAAAGUAUUUAUUUUCGUGACGUGUUAUAACAACUAGGUAUUUAUGCAUUUAUUUUGGUUUUUUAUAAAAAAAAAUCACAUUAUAUUUUGGGGCGCAUCUUAUGACCAUUUAAUAAAAUGCUUCUACCUUUUUUUUUAGGCGUAGAAUAUUAUUUCUACCCCUACCAUGACAUCGUUUUUUUUAUCACACGGUAUAUUUAAAGCUAAAAAAACACUAUAGUCUGUAAAACGAAUAACUUUGAAUUUGACAGUUCCCGCGGGCUUUUCUAGUGUUAAUUUUAUUAGGUUAGCAACUUGCGGCCAUGCUGACGCAAUGCCGUCUCUAGUAGAACAGCCUAGGAACGAGAUUUAUGACGUCACACUAGUUAGAUACUACAGAUUAAUAACUAUGUUGUAGUACAUGGAAAACAUAAUUAUUCCUCGAUUUGUUGGUUUGUAUUUUA